AAAUUAAGGUAAGAAAUUGCAAUUGGGCAUAACUGCAAAAUAUGAUUGGGCAGCUCCACCUCCACCUUCACCUUUGCUGCCACUACCAACCAACGGCGCGCAUUUCCUCUUUAAAUUCCGAAGCCUCUUCGUCAGUUUUGUCUUCUUCAAUCUUAAUUUUCUGAUUCCCAGAAACUAAACUCCGGAAAUUCAAUUGAAAACAAAGAAAAGCGAUCCAGCUUUAAGUCAUGCAGAAGAUUGCGAGGAGGGGGAUUCAUCACAUGCAAACUCUGAAUGCAGCAAAGAUUCCUGCCGAUUUGAUUGAAAGAGGCCAAAAUCGAGUAAUAGAUGCCUCCCUUACUCUCAUUCGUGAGAGGGCCAAGCUCAAGGGGGAGCUUGUGCGGGCCUUAGGAGGUGCCAAAGCCUCAUCUUCACUCCUUGGAGUGCCUCUGGGGCAUAAUUCAUCAUUUCUUCAGGGGCCUGCUUUUGCCCCUCCGCGUAUUAGAGAGGCAAUUUGGUGUGGAAGCACAAAUGCCACAACUGAAGGAGGCAAAGAACUAAAUGACCCUCGAGUUCUAACAGAUGUUGGAGAUGUUCCUGUUCAAGAGAUCAGGGAUUGUGGAGUAGAUGAUGAUAGAUUGAUGAAAAUUAUCAGUGACUCAGUCAAACUAGUUAUGGAAGAAGAACCUUUACGUCCUUUAGUGUUAGGCGGUGACCAUUCAAUAUCUUACCCGGUCGUAAGAGCUGUAUCUGAAAAGCUUGGAGGACCUAUAGAUAUUCUACAUCUUGAUGCUCAUCCAGAUAUUUAUCACGAAUUCGAAGGGAACAAGUAUUCACAUGCAUCUUCCUUUGCCCGUAUAAUGGAGGGUGGCUAUGCACGGAGGCUGUUGCAGGUUGGUAUAAGAUCUAUAAAUAAAGAAGGUCGGGAGCAAGGAAAGAAAUUUGGAGUUGAGCAAUAUGAAAUGCGAACAUUUUCAAGAGAUCGCGAUUACUUGGAAAAUUUGAAACUGGGCGAGGGAGUGAAGGGUGUCUACAUAUCAAUCGACGUGGACUGUCUUGAUCCGGCAUUUGCGCCUGGCGUAUCUCACAUUGAGCCUGGAGGUCUUUCUUUUCGUGAUGUUCUCAAUAUUCUGCAUAAUCUUCAAGCUGAUAUCGUGGCUGCAGACGUUGUUGAAUUCAAUCCACAGCGGGACACUGUUGAUGGUAUGACAGCAAUGGUUGCAGCCAAAUUGGUGAGAGAACUAACAGCAAAAAUGUCAAAGUAAUAGUCAAACUAAAAAUUCAUACAAUAACCCAUUUACAAUAGAUGGGAAACAUACUAAAAAAAUUCAUACAAUAUGUUUAGACUAGAUUACUCUUAAUUCAGUCUCAGUGUUGCAUUGUAUGGUUGUAAAACUUCGUUUUGAUUAUGAAAGCAUGAUUUCUGAAUUUCUUUUAUGAA